AUGGUCCAUGAAAACUACAAUCUUCAGGAGAACGCAAAAGGUGGAGGUGACAUCGCGCUGCUGAAACUGAUGGCCCCUGUAAAUGUCUCCAAGCUCGUCGGUCUGGUCUCCCUCCCACCAAAGGAGUUCAAGCACCUGUCAGACAUGAGAUGUGUGGUUACAGGCUGGGAGUCACUCCCCAAACCCAAGUGCCUACAGGAAAUUGAAGUGCCCCUGGUGGGUCAGCAGAAGUGCAAGAAGAUAUACAAGAAAUUACUUAGGCCCAAGAAUAUCAAGGAGGACAUGAUCUGUGCUAGGGCCUCAGGCAAGGACUCCUGCCAGGGUGACUCAGGAGGGCCCCUGGUUUGUAACUGGAAUGGCACCUGGGUCCAGGCUGGCAGCACAGGGAACGAGUUGGUCAUCAAAUUCACAGUAACUCCAACAGAGAGCCACCACAAGAGCAAAUUCACCAAAACGGAACCUUCAGUGAGACAGCAUGGAGCACUAUCCAACCGGACAGAGCAGGUUGCCACCAUCUGA